CCUCCUUCUCGCCGUCAACAUCCAAGUCAACACCCGAAGUCAAGCCCACCAUGACCAACUCGCUGAAGUCCGUCGCGAGCUCCGAGAAGACCGACCUGCCCGCGCCACAGGCCGAGGACAGCGGCGUCUCCACCUCGCUCUUCUGCUUCCGGCGCAAUACAUGGUCCAACACCACCAAGCCCCACUCUCGCGGGAGCAUCAACAAGAUGACGAUCAUCGGCCCGAUGAGCGACGGCUUUGCGGCCAUCCAGCCCCAGGGCGCGGCCCCGCCGCGGCCGACGUCCAUCCCCCCCUCCCUCUCAACCACCUUCACGCUGCUCAACACAGAGGACGAAGACGCCGUGGCGACACAUGCGGACCUCCUCGCGCAGCUCGCGCGCGCGCAUGCCGAGAUUACCGCUUUGCGUAGGCGGUAUACCAUGGACCUCCGCGAGAGCAAUGCUGUCAAAUACGCGUUUCGGAGCCGCGUGCUCUACCUUGAGGACGAGGAGAAGAAGCUGCGGGCGACGAUAGAAAUCAUGAAGGAGCAGGAGAAGAUGAUGCAGGCUCGCGUGGCGCAGCUCGAGCGGGAGCUGCGCGGAGGCAGGAUAUAGAGAUAUGACAAGCUUUCUGCGUCUUUUGCCAUUUCGG